UCUUACUAGACCCAAAGAUUGAGAAUGGCUCAUCUUUAGAAAUAUUCACAGACUAUUUUAGUACUUAGUAGUGGUGAAAUGGAGUGAUGAUGCCCAUUUUUGUCAGACUGAGCUGAGACUGAGAGAUUCACACAGUAUCCAUCCAGUACUGCAAAGUUUCAUUAUCUUUUUUUUUUUGAGAGGAAGCAACCUUUGACAAGCCAUGGAUCGUGCAUCAAAGAGGGGGAGCAGCCAGGAGGAGUCUAUCUUCCGCAUCCCCCCAUAUUACUACAUCCAUGUCUUGGACCACAAUGACAAUGUCACCAAGGUCGUUGUGGGUCCUAAGACCUACAUCCGCCAGGACCAUGAAAGGGUCAUCUUCGGUCCCGAGAAGAUGAUCACCAUCCCUCCUAGGCAUUACUGUAUUGUAGAGAACCCUGUGGUCAGGAAUGAUGCUGGUCAGGUUGUCUUUGAUGGUCUUGGACAGGUCAAACUAUCCCAUGCUGACCAGGAGAUCAGGUUAGCCCGGGAACCGUUCCCUCUCUACCCAGGAGAAGUAUUGAAGCAGGCUGUGACUGCCUUGAAGGUUGUCCAGGCCAACGCUGCCCUUAGGCUCCGAGCCAUCCUUGACUUCGAGGACGGUACCCAGAAGCGCGUCGCUGGCGACGAGUGGCUCUUUGAGGGACCCGGUACCUACAUCCCCCGCAAGGAAGUGGUGGUGGAUGAGACCAUCAGGGCAACCAUCAUCAGACCUAACCAGGCUAUCAAGCUAAGGGCUCGUAAGGAAACCAAAGAUAGAGAAGGCAAUACUAGGGUUACUGGUGAGGAGUGGCAGGUUAAGAAGGUUGGUGCCUACCUCCCUGGGGCAUAUGAGGAGGUGGUCGAUACCGUCAAUGCCUACGUGCUCACAGAAAAGAAUGCUCUUCACCUAAGAGCCACACGCACAUUUGUAGAUAUGAAGAAUCAGACAAGGAAGAAUGGUGAGGAGUGGCUGAUCACUAUGGCUGAUACAGAUGCACACAUUCCAGAUGUGUAUGAGGAGGUUGUAAGAGUUGUAGACAUCAACACAUUGACCAAUCGCCAGUACUGUGUCAUCGUGGACCCUGUCGGGGCCGAUGGAAAACCACAGCUUGGACAGAAGAGAUUAAUCAAGGGUGAGGUGUCUUUCUUCCUUCAACCCGGUGAGACGCUUGAGCAAGGUAUCCAGUCUGUAUUCAUCCUUGGUGAAGAUGAAGGUCUUAUUCUCAGAGCUCAGGAAUCAUUCAAGGAUGCCAAUGCUAGUGGAGCAGUUCGUCAGCCAGGAGACAGGUGGAUGAUCAGGGGACCUUGUGAGUAUGUACCUCCUGUGGAGGUAGAGGUCGUCACCAGGCGUAAGGCUAUCCCUCUCGAUGAGAAUGAAGGAGUAUACAUCCGGGAUACCAAGACUGGAAAGGUACGAGCAGUUACAGGAGAGACCUACAUGCUGAGCCAGGAUGAGGAGCUCUGGGCCAAGGAGCUGCCUCCAGCAGUAGAGGAGCUCCUUCAGAGUGCCAGGGACCCUUUGGCAGACCGUAGUGACAGGAGGGGAGGUGGGGCCUCCAGGGCCAGGGAGAAGACGAGGGUGGUAUCCUUCCGUGUGCCUCACAAUGCUGCUGUGCAGAUCUAUGACUACAAGGAGAAGAAGGCCAGGGUUGUCUUUGGUCCUGAGCUGGUCAUGCUUGGUCCCGAUGAACAGUUCACUCAGCUCAGCCUCUCAGGAGGCAAACCUAAGCGCCCCAACGUCAUCAAGGCCCUUUGCCUUCUCCUGGGUCCAGACUUCUGCACAGAUAUCAUUACCAUUGAGACCGCUGACCAUGCCCGCCUGCAGCUUCAGCUCUCAUACAACUGGCACUUUGAGGUUCCAAAUAAGACUGAUGAGGUAGCGUCUGCUAAGCUCUUCAGUGUGCCCGACUUCAUUGGUGAUGCCUGCAAGGCUAUUGCAUCCAGGAUCAGGGGUGCAGUUGCUGGAGUACAGUUUGAUGAUUUCCACAAGAAUUCUGCCAAGAUCAUCCGUGCCUCUGUUUUUGGCUUCGACGAGAAGAACAAGGUGAGGGAGUCCUUCCUGUUCCCUCAGAAUAGCCUAGUGAUCACCUCCAUUGAUAUCCAGUCUGUAGAGCCUGUAGACCAGAGGACCAGGGAUGCUCUACAGAAGUCUGUUCAGCUGGCUAUUGAGAUUACCACAAACUCACAGGAGGCUGCUGCCAGGCAUGAGGCUGAGCGUCUAGAGCAAGAGGCUCGUGGUCGCCUUGAGCGUCAGAAGAUCCUGGAUGAAGCAGAGGCUGAGAAGUCUCGCAAGGAACUCCUGGAGCUCCAGGCCAACAGUGCAGCUGUGGAGAGCACCGGUCAGGCCAAGGCAGAGGCACAGUCUCGAGCUGAGGCUGCCAGGAUUGAAGGAGAGGCUGCUGUUGACCAGGCCAGGCUCAAGGCUGAAGCAGCCAAGAUUGAAUCAGAAUCUGAGCUGCAACGCCUUACCAAUGCUCGUGAGGCCGAGACCAAGUACGUCAAGGAACAGAAUGCCUUGGAGGUCAACAAGGCCAAGCAGAUGUCUGACAUUGAGACAGAGAGGUUCAGGAACAUGGUUCAGUCCAUUGGAGCCGAGACCAUCAAGGCCAUGGCUAUGGCUGGACCAGAGAUGCAGGUGAAACUGCUCUCUUCACUGGGAUUGAAGUCCACCUUGAUCACCGAUGGAUCCACCCCCAUCAACCUCUUCAACACUGCCCAGGGUCUCCUUGGUGGGUUUGCUACAAAGAGAGGCAUCGAUCAGGUCGAUCAGGAUGAAUAGGUCAUCCCCAUGUCAUGACCAGUCCUUACAAAGCAGGAAAGGGAUUGCAUGUGGUAUUACAAAGGUCACAUCCAUCGUUGUCAGUAUAGACAAUAUAGUUUCUAUGUCUAUAUGGUGUAGUAUUGACUAUUUUGUGAUUGAUGGGUCAGGUAAAAAAAGAAAAAAAUCUACUUCUGGGGGAAUCACAAUUUGUCAUUCUGUUUAUGAGCAUACUAAAACCACUGUCCCUUUUCAUGUAAUUAUGGGUCAAGGAAGAACUAAUGGUAUUUGGUUCUAUGAAAAAAAAGAAGAAGAAUUAAGGAGUCGGGAGAUAGAAGCAGGGGUCUUUCUAUAAAAUCAUUUUGUCUAAUUUCUAGGACAAUCCUCAGAAAUUUGAUGGUUAUGCAAAAUCGCCUCAAGUUGUGCAUUAUGUGAUCUUGGUGUAGAAGCUCUUGUACUGCAAUUCCAGGUGUAGUAUUCAAAUAGUGAAUGUUUCACUAGGAUGUUUGAAAUUGUUAUUGGGAGCCACUGUAGAAUGCUCUUCUUUCUUUAAAUGAGUUUAGGAGACAUGUGUCUGUGUGCUGUAAUCAACCAUUCGGUAAAGAGAGAGAAAAAUAAUCAUUGGAUAUUUUGAAUGGAAAGAAGUUGUCUUUAUGGGUGGUUGCUGAUUUUUGAUAUUUUUGAGAAUUUGUAAUUCUAUUUUUAGUUCUUCACUUUUCAUGAAGGAGAGGUUUUAUUAGAGCCGGAGGAUAAUUCUGUUUUUGCUAGUAAGUGUCUGAAAUAGUUCUUACACUUGUCAUGGUUAUUCAUUAAUGAAUUUGAAUGUAGAGAUGAAUUUGAAUGGCUGUAU